AAUCAUUCUGGCCUUUCUGGCUUGCCAUGGGAGGGGGCGUCGCAUGGACCAAGGGCAGCACGCUCGGCUUCACACGCUGGAGCCAAGAGCCCUUCGAGCUCUCGCCCGUGGAGCUUGCGAGCUUGGACAUUCCGGUCCCGCCAGGCCAGCCCACGACGGGGCUACUGCUGCGGUACCGGGACCACGCGCUGCUCGUCCAUCACGCGUCCGCAGUCGCCAGCGACGACGCGACCAAGCGCAUGCUCGAGUUUGUGGGUCGAUCGCUCGACAGCGUGCGCAAAGCCAACAAGUACUUUACCGCCGCGGCGACGGUCUCCGUGCGCUUCUACGUCGGGUCCGAGGCCGAGCGCGACCAGUGGCUGCAGCUCGUGCUCCUCAACACACAGGUGCAGCCACAUGUCGUUGCGACUCCUGUGCCACCCGCACCGCUUGAGCUGCCAGAACUCCCAGCUACAUUGAGCGCGGCGCCAACACCUCGCCGCCUCAGCGAGACGAUCAAUGACGGUUUCCAGAGCUUGGCGAACGCUGAGGCCUGCGAGGACGCUUCGGACACGAUUGGUGCCCUCGCUGCGUACCGAGAAGCCCACGCGCGCUUCACGCAAGUGCAUCCGCAGCUGCCAAUGAACAAGACGCGGGAGCUCAUUGCUGACAAAUGCAAUGAGAUCCAGGCCAUCAUCGACGACUUGAUGGCCCCUCGACCAGCGACAACAACGUUGGCGCCGGCCACCGCCACAGCACCGCCGCCACCAUUGGUCUCCUCCGCUAACGACGCACCCUUUUCGCAGCAUGACAUCGCGGGCCCACUGCCAGCACCCGCACCAAUUCCUACGAACCUCGACGAGCGGCUGAACCGUCUGCAAGGAUUCGCCGAUUCGCUCCAGGUGGAGAAGGCUCGGGCCGAGAAGAGCACCAAGAAGUCGGACUUGGAGCUCCGUUUUGCAGCGUUGAAGAACGAGGCCAGCCGCGCUCCACCGCUCGAGUCGCUGGAAGCACGACUGACCAAGCUCCGGGGCGGAACCCCUAGCCCUGUGAGCAGCAGCCGCAACGUCGCCGUCGAGUCGGCCAUUGACCUCGCCCUCGAGUACGCAAUGAGCGGCGAGGACGGGAGCCCACAGGCGGCGCCACACGCUCGGCAAGUCGACGAUCUCAUCACGCAGGUCCAGCACGAGAUCGCGCUGGGUAUGCAGGAUGAUCCGACACGCCUCUCCCUCGACAGCAGCGAGAUCAGCGACGACGACGCGUCUAGUAGUAGCUCCGACUCGGACGACGCCACUUCACCGCGCUCCAGCCAGCGUGCCAAGCGUGGAAAAGCCCCCUUGUAAUCGAAACGAACGUAUAAAAAGGUUGGUUGACUGCAUAA